AUAUUAAUUAAGUAUAUGUUUCUAUUAACUGUUGUCAAAUAUAUUUACUAUGACAGAAAACAUCGAGUUUUAUCAGAACCAGAUAGCUUUGGCUAGAACGGAAAUAAAAAACUUAAGACAGCGUAUAUCAGCGCUGAAACAUGAGCACGUAAAAGAAGUAAAUUAUAUAAAAUCAACGCUUAGUAGUCUUCGGUGUUCUAACUGCGCUGCUGAAGCUACAUCAGUAGUUAGCACUACAAACACUGUCCAGACCUUAGUGUCCCCAUCUAAUGAGAUAACAUUUCGACCAAUUGGAUAUAUUGAGACCACGUUUGAUAACAAAAGAGCAGUACCACGACAGCCCUCAGUUUUGAAAAACUUGAGGGGAGUGAUUGUUAUUGAUACUAACGUUUUAAAUAACCCCGAUCAUGCUCUCAAUGGUUUGGAAGAAUUUUCUCAUGUAUGGAUUAUAUUUCACUUCCAUAUUACUGACGGGAAUUCUGUCCAAGCAAAGGUGUCACCCCCACGUCUUGCUGGCCAGAGAUGUGGUGUAUUUUCUACAAGGUCUCCGCAUCGCCCUUGUCCUAUUGGACUUUCUCUUGUUAAACUCCACAGUAUUGAAGGCAAUAAAAUACACUUCUAUGGCGUAGAUAUGGUGAAUGGUACACCGGUUCUUGAUAUUAAGCCAUUCAUACCGCAAUAUGAUUACCCCCCAGCUAAUGGGGAUUCCCCCAUUUUAACUUCUUUAGUUAGACCACCAACUGAGGGUAUAAGUGAUGCCACAGAAACAAUGGCUGGUUUGCAAGUUGAUGAUGAUUCUUACUCUGCCAGAAGUGUGAGUCCUCGUUUAGUACAACCAAUCGGUAUCGACACGUCUAGUCCAAUGUCUUCGCCAUUCGGUGAUAUUCCUUCUUUAUUACAAGAACCUGCCAAUUUUAUCUCACCAUCCCCAGAAUCUUCAAGCGAAGAUAUGUUAGACGGUCCUAUCACAUCUCCAGUAAAUAGAGACACUGAGCGUGGAUCCCCAGAUGGACAAGAAAGAUUUACCCCACCGCAAUUAAAUAUCAAUCAAGAUGGCAUACGUGUCGCAUCCUGGGUUAUUAAUCCGCCAUCACAGCGUUACCAAGUUGUCUUUACAGAGGAUACACUCCAAAGAUUGAAUGAUCUCAUUGGUGAAAGAGCUCAAGAUUUCAAGUCUAACAUUGAAAAUCUACUAUCAGAAGAUCCUAGGUCUGCUUAUGUCAGGAAUAGAUAUCCGGAUCAUGAAUAUAGCUGUGUCCUAGAAGAUUUAUCAAUUAGUUGCGUUUUUAACGAAAAUUCGUCGACUUGCACUAUUAUUGCGCUAAGGAGCGCUGAAGAGUUGCAAAAUUAAUUUUCAAUGUGUAGAUUAGUAAUAAAUGCUUAAUCGUCUAAAA